AGAAGAAGCCGCUCUGGGGGAGUGAUUUUAAACCCGGAGGUCAUAGAUCCAGCACUUUAUAGAGGAAUCUGGCAGAGGAAGAAGGUGAUCUAUUGGUCCAGGUGGAGGCUGUUUGGAGAGGAAGGAAGGAAGGAUGAAAGGCAAACUGGAUUCAGCUGAUCCGGAAGCAAGAAAAGGCCCUGAUGCCACUGAGGCUAGGAACAGAAGAGGAACUGAGCAGAAGAACCUGGUAGACAUCACCCUCCCUUCAGAUGUGUAUCGCCUGCAUUUCAGGCACUUCUGCUACCAGGAGGCCAAGGGGCCCCGAGACGCUUGCAGCCGACUCCACACUCUUUGCGAUCAGUGGCUGAAGCCAGAAAAGCACAGCAAGAAGGAGAUCCUGGACCUGGUGGUCGUGGAGCAGUUCCUGGCCAUCCUGCCCCCGGAGAUGAGGAACUGGGUCAAGGAAUACAGGCCGGAGAACAGUUCCCAGGUGGUGGUUCUGGCAGAAGGGUUCCUCUUGAGCCAGGCAGAGGCCAGGAUACAGAGAGAGCAGUUACUGGAUCAAAUCACGCAGGAGCGUUACUGUGGAGCAGCUUUGGGUGGUGCUGAUAAACCAAGGAUCAGUUCUUCGCCGUGCGUUUCCGGGCCUCCUGAUCGGGGUCUUGUGAGCUCUUCCUCAGAGUCUUCCUCAGAGUCUUCCUCAGAGUCUUCCUCGUCUGAGGACGAGCCUGCGUAUUGUCCUGAGGUUGAGUGGGCUUUGCUGGACCGGGAUCGAGGAAGCCUUCAUAAGGAAGUCAUGGAGAGAAACUGUCGGAAGGCGGCCUCUCUGAAGGCUGAUGGUCCUGAAAACAAGUCCAAAAGAAAACCACAACAGGUCCCACUGGAAGGGGAAAAGCAGAGAAGAAAUACUGGGACAAAACAGAAGAGGGGGAAUGAAUCCUCGGAUUCUCGGGAGGCUGAUGGUCCCCAGAACAAGUUCAAAAAAGGACCACAACAGCUCCCAGUAGAAAGGGAACAGCAGAGAAGAAAUAUUGGAACAGAAGAGAAGAGGAAGAAUGAAUCAUCUGAUUCUUGGGAGGCUGAUGGUCCCCAGAACAAGUCCGAAAGAGAACCACAACUGGUCCCACUGGAAGGAGAACAGCAGACAAGAAAUACUGGAACAAAACAAAGGCAGAAGAAUGAAUCAUCUGAUUCUCAGGGUACUAGAUCCCAGGACAUACCUCCAGACCAAGGAACAAGUUGUUCUGUGUGUGGGGAAAUGUUCUUUUCUCAGUCAUUAUUUGAUACAGAUUGGAGAAGGGAGAUACCAUAUAAAUGUUCGAAGUGUGGAAAGGGCUUAACUUGGGGGUCAGAGUUUACUGGCCAGCAACAAACCCGUAAAGGGAACAGAAUAUAUAGAUGCAGAGACUGUGGAAAGGCAUAUAUUUCGUUGUUGACACUUAGGAUGCAUCGAUAUGUCCACGUAGGAGAGAAACGAUUUAAAUGCAAGGAAUGUGGAAUGGUCUUCUCUCAGCAAGAUCAAUGGGCUAAACAUCGACGUACCCACACAUAUAAAUGCUUAGAGUGUGGUAAGACCUUUGUUCAGAAGGCUAGCCUUAGUAUCCAUCAACUUAAACAUGCAAAGGAGUCUCCAUAUCAUUGCUUGGUGUGUGGAAAGAAGUUUAGCUUGUGUAAAGAGAUUGUUGAACACUACCUAGAUACUCACGCGGUGGAGGAACCACUACCUACACAGCCGUGCAGUGGAGAAACCGUAUAAAUUCUUGAAGCGCAGAAAGAGUUUUUCUUGGGGUUCAGAGCUUAUUGCCCAUCAACAUACCACACAGGGGAAGAAUCAGAAAAAUUUGUAGUGUGGAAAGAGCCUCUCUCGGAGUUCAGGCCUUAUUGUCCAUCAACAAAUGCACACAAGAGAGAAACCGUAUAAAUGGUGGAAGAAUAAUGUAUCUCAGUGUUUGAUUCACUCAUUCCUAUGUUGUUACUCUUAUAAAUGUUAACUUUUCCCUC